AUGUCUGGAAACGCAAGAAUCUCUGUGAUUAUCCGGGCGGCGAAACCCACCGUCAGACUGAAGGGGAAGCAAGACAGCUAUGGAGAGACCCAAGACUUUGAUGUCUUCACUAGAUCAGGCAGACCAGAAAACGAUGUCAUGGAUGAUGAUCGAUGGCUUGAGCAUCCCAAAAUUUACCACCCCAAGAAUCUGAUCCCAACGAACGGCAAGGACAGAACAGCGGUAGUAGCUGUACAGGAAAUACAAAAUCCAGAGUACUCAUGGAUCUGGUUCGCUCGUACGAACAUGAAACGUACCAACGAAUUCUAUCGAACAGCGCGGGAACAACACUGGGUUCAUGACCUGCUGUCUAGAGCUUGCAGGGCACAGAAAGAAUAUGGCGUUCUAUUGUGGUACAACUUGAAGGUACAGCUGGGUGAUACAUUAAUUCCAGAGCUUCGUAUGAACAGUACGAUCCAUUUCGUGUUCGUUGGUGUAUCUGCGCUCAAUUGUCAGCCCGUCGUUAUGGUGAGAGAUGAACCUUGGGAAGGGACUGAAGCCAAAUUGGGAUCCGACAACAUGGAAUCUGUUGCUUUGAAAACCCUACCAGAACUGUUACCUUGCGGGAAAGGAAUCAUCUGGCUAGAAAACAUGAUGAUUCCUGGCAACAUCUCAUAUGUGAAGAAAGGACUCUGGGGCCGUCUUGCAGGGGUUGAGAAGAAGAGGUUCCUUGAGGUUCUGAAACGGGAGUACACUCUUCUAGCCGACGGUUUGAAUCCUUCUGGUGUUGCAACUCUGCUUCCAUCAAAUGAGGAGCAGCACAGAAUGCCGAGGUUUGAUCGUUCCAUCCACAAUAGCGAAUGUUACAACUAUCAUUACAGAUUACGCUGGCCUCCUAUCGGUUUGCUGGAGAUCCCCUCUGCCAUGGUUGAAGCCCUGAGAGAAUUUUUAUCCGAAUUCCCCUUUGACAACGUUCCGCUGAACAUUGCAAUUGCAGCUGUGAUCAUCUUCUAUGAUCUGAAAAAGGAUGGUAUCACAGAAGAGGCUUUCUUAACCCACAAUACCAGAAGUGACCCAUCAGCAAACACUACGCUUGAGCAAUUCAUUCUUUACUUCCCUCAUAUGCUGAGACGAGAAGGGUUCUAUCAAAAUAUCGGAGGACCAAGGAUUCUUUUCAGCAAAAGCAUCUCCUCCCCAAAGCUUAAACUCAGUGGCACCCCUUCUGUCGACUACUGGAGUCCGGAGAUAGACACGAACGCCAUGGCUCUGACUGGCCGAGCAAAGAAGGUUGGCCCCAUGUUCCCCGACUACGACUCUGGCUACUACACCAUGGAGGCCAUGACACCAUUUGUCAAUUUGCAAUUUGGUGCUGGUACUUAUUAUAGACAGAACUUCCCACUUCGUGAGGCUCUCACUACGUCAAUCCGGCACCAGACUAGUUCCAUGAACAACGAGCUCAACCGAAUAGCUGACUACUUUCGUGUUCCGCCCCCUGAGCGUCAAGUCAACCCCGAGACCCUCUUAUCCGAUUGGCGCGGAAUUGAUACCCAUCUCCAAGUCCUGAUAGAAAAGGGCGAUCUGGAAAAGGUUGCAGGAGGGGAACUGAAACGGGCUGCCUCACCAGAAGCCCCUACAUCUCAUGCCAAACGCACCAAGAUAGAGGAGCAUGAGAUAGACCCUGCUAUUGUGCUACAGAUCAACAAUCUGAUUAAUAGACUUCCAGCCCGGUGUAGGGACUGGUAUGCUCUAGAGACAUACCUUAAACCAGGCCUAGCACCGAAAGUGCAAGGUGCUCAGUAUAUGCUCAGUUCUGUCCGUGGUUUCAUAUCUGACAUGGAUGUAUUCUCAACUGAGAAUUCAAAUGAGCUCGUUGAUAACCUUGACAUCUUCAUUCGGAUGUCUUUCAGGGCUGCCGGUCUUUUUGAUAAGCAACAAGUAGCGUUGCUGAAUUAUGAGGAAAAUUGGGGGGAGCAUCGCAAAGCUUUCUCCAAAUUCGGCCCGGCUAUCGGCAAUGCAAUCGAAGCUAUCUACAGACUUCGAGGCCCUGGUGGCUUCGUGCUUGCUUGCCCUCACAUCAAGGUUUUGGGGGAGUCUCCCCUGAUCAGUGCACAAUUGGACGCAUUCACUACGAUUGAGGAUUGGCUGGAAGAACAGGCGGCCGAGGCUGAUUGA